AUGCAAAGUGCCAAAGAAUCAAGAAAUGUAACUGCUGCAGUUUCAGAAUGGACUGCAGAAUAUAAGCGCAUGAGUAAGGAAGAAGCGAGAUUGGCCUCUGAAGAAGCGCGUGCCAAAGCUGCUGAAGCUGCACAGAAAAGGCAGGAGCAAUUUGAGAAUUCUGCAGCAGGACGAGCUGCACGUGCACAUCAACAAGCAAUGGCAAAGAAAACUGCAAGCUCCAACAAAGGCGAACCAGUUCUAAAGGUUCAGUGCUCCUUGAUUAAGUUGGAAAAUGGGUUGAGGUUAGACAGUCUGGAUCAACUUUUAUUAGGUGUAAGGUGA